CAUGCUUUGAGUAGAACAGGUGCUCAAUACUUUUCAGAUAGAGAUGUUGGUCACAAGAACUUCCAGCAUUAUAAAAUCAAUACCUUCUGAAUUAAACAUGAAAUAGAACUCAUUCAAAUCAGCAGACCAAGAACAUUCUGUUGUAAUCUUGUUCUUUGAAAAUCAGUAAUCCAUCUGCUAGGUAUACAGGAUAGAUUCCCUCUUAACCAGAAAACUCAUUUUCUGAUCUUGCCAGAUAAGGAAGGGACGGCAUGCUCAACUACAUGUUCUACCUAAAAUGCACCAUGUGGUGCCACAGCCCAAAGUACAGCAGGUGAUUCUCUUCAGAACUUCAGCCCCAAUAAGCACAAACACUGUUCUCUAGUCAACCCUGUAGCUUCCAGGGGGUUGUCUUAGCUGUCCUUUAACUGGAGAACGAACACAGCCUAAGGCUUCCCUGGGGGCUCAGUGGUCAAGAAUCCACUUGCCAUGCAGGAGACAUGGGUUCAGUCCCUGGGUUGGGAAGAUCCCCUGCAGAAGGGAAUGGAUACCCACUCCAGUAUUCUCACCUGGGAAAUCCCAUGGAUAGAGGAGCCUAGUGGGCCACAGUCCAUUAGGGCUGCAAGAGUCAGAGGUGCAGGAUAAAACUUAGCAACUAAACAACAACAAGGCCUAGCUGCCCUUUAUAGACACUGAAUUCAUGCCACGCUCAUUAUUGGAUUGAGGCCCCUCAUGCUUUCCUUCCUUCUCUGUGUCAUAAAGGACACCAGUACUUGCUGAAGCAAGGUCCUGGUCUUAUCUCAGGAAUACCUAAUACCAAGACUCAUCGAUGACAGUGUCCUUUCUCAUCUGCAGGAGAAAACAAAAACAACACUCCCAACCUGAUCUGUCUGGAAUGCUCCUUCCCCGGCUCAUAGGUCUGGUAAACUCCUACUCAUCCUUCGAGACUCAGAGAGUCCCGAGCCGUGAUUCCUGAUCCAGAUAUCAUUUGCUUCUGCCCACUCUGGAGACGUUGAUGGACAGUGAGCAAGGGACAGGGACUAGCUGUCUGUGCCCUUACCUAGCCCCUCCCCGAGGGGUUUGCCCUGGUGUGGAGCCAGCUCUUGAAAGAAGCCUCCUCUCCCCUCCCCAUUCUGGAAGAGGACUCCUGGCUGUGCUGCAGGAUAAACUUCCACAAGGCGAACAUUAACAUCAAGUCAAGGAGAAGGUCAGGGGAGCCCUUAAAAAGGCCUUCUUGCACCCUAAGGUGGCUGAAGCCACUCCACAGCUCUUUGUCCUGACUGCUGCCACCCGGACACAAUGUGGGUACUCCUGGCUGUCUUUCUGCUCACCCUCGCCUAUUUAUUUUGGCCCAAGACCAAGCACUCUGGUGCCAAGUACCCCAGGAGCCUCCCGUCCCUGCCCCUGGUGGGCAGCCUGCCGUUCCUCCCCAGACGUGGCCAGCAGCACAAGAACUUCUUCAAGCUGCAGGAAAAAUAUGGCCCCAUCUAUUCCUUUCGUUUGGGUUCCAAGACUACUGUGAUGAUUGGACACCACCAGUUGGCCAGGGAGGUGCUUCUCAAGAAGGGCAAGGAAUUCUCUGGGCGUCCCAAAGUGGCCACUCUAGACAUCCUGUCAGACAACCAAAAGGGCAUUGCCUUUGCCGACCAUGGUGCCCACUGGCAGCUGCAUCGGAAGCUGGCACUGAAUGCCUUUGCCCUGUUCAAGGAUGGCAACCUGAAGUUAGAGAAGAUCAUUAAUCAGGAAGCCAAUGUGCUCUGUGAUUUCCUGGCCACCCAGCAUGGAGAGGCCAUAGAUCUGUCCGAGCCUCUCUCUCUGGCGGUGACCAACAUAAUCAGCUUUAUCUGCUUCAACUUCUCCUUCAAGAAUGAGGAUCCUGCCCUGAAGGCCAUACAAAAUGUCAAUGAUGGCAUCCUGGAGGUUCUGAGCAAGGAAGUUCUGUUAGACAUAUUCCCUGUGCUGAAGAUAUUCCCCAGCAAAGCCAUGGAAAAGAUGAAGGGUUGUGUUCAAACGCGAAAUGAAUUGCUGAAUGAAAUCCUUGAAAAAUGUCAGGAGAACUUCAGCAGCGAUUCCAUCACUAACUUGCUGCACAUACUGAUCCAAGCCAAGGUGAAUGCAGACAAUAACAAUGCUGGCCCAGACCAGGAUUCAAAGCUGCUUUCAAAUAGACACAUGCUCGCUACCAUAGGGGACAUCUUCGGGGCUGGUGUGGAGACCACCACGUCUGUGAUAAAGUGGAUCGUGGCCUACCUGCUACACCAUCCUUCGUUGAAGAAGAGGAUCCAGGAUGACAUUGACCAGAUUAUAGGUUUCAAUCGCACCCCAACCAUCAGUGACCGGAACCGCCUUGUCCUGCUGGAGGCGACCAUCCGAGAGGUGCUCCGAAUCCGGCCUGUGGCCCCUACGCUGAUCCCCCACAAGGCUGUCAUUGACUCCAGCAUUGGUGACCUUACCAUUGACAAGGGCACAGACGUUGUGGUCAACCUGUGGGCACUGCAUCACAAUGAGAAGGAGUGGCAGCAGCCCGACCUGUUCAUGCCCGAGCGCUUCUUGGACCCCACGGGGACGCAACUCAUCUCGCCAUCGUUAAGCUACUUGCCCUUUGGAGCAGGACCCCGCUCCUGCGUAGGUGAGAUGCUAGCCCGCCAGGAGCUCUUCCUCUUCAUGUCCCGGCUGCUGCAGAGGUUCAACCUGGAGAUCCCGGAUGAUGGGAAGCUACCCUCUCUGGAGGGCAAUGCCAGUCUCGUCUUGCAGAUCAAACCUUUCAAGGUGAAGAUCGAGGUGCGCCAGGCCUGGAAGGAAGCCCAGGCUGAGGGUAGCAUCUCAUGACUCCACCCUAUGUGGCCCCCAUCCCACAGAAUUAGAGGAGCUCCCCCACCCUCUCCCACCAUUCCUUCUUCCUCCCCGCCCACUCUGCCUUCUUUCCCACCCUGCAGCCCUGGCAGUGAUGUGCAUAAAACAGUUUCUUUCUCCAAAGGCAUCUGAGCAGC